AUGUCUGCAGAGAGACCUCCCGCCGCCAUGAAGGAAGCGUUGGUGUCUCUCCUGCUUCUGGUCACCCUCUGUUCGGCUGUCCUGGUCCAGGGCGAGGUCAGCGUGGUGAAGCUGUGUGGCCGGGAAUUCUUCCGCGCCAUCAUCUACACCUGCGGGGCAUCCAGAUGGAGGAGGCUGCUUCUGCAGGAAUCCCAAGAUGUGGGUGGCAGUGAGCAGAAGAGUCUCCAGGCCCUUUUCGACGGCCACAGGAGGGGUCCAACCCGCCGGAGCCUGGAGAAGGUGAUCACAGAUAUGUGCUGCCAGUUGGGAUGUCGGAAGAGCGACCUGGCGAUGUUCUGCUGAGGGAGGACAUGUAGCUCUGCGGCCUACAGACACCAUCUGAAUGUGUGGAGAGCAUGUUGAAGAAUGUAUGAAGAAGCAGGGAAUCCGGCAGCAGACUGCAAGCCACAUGCUGUUCCAUCUCUAAAACAUCGCAUCUCUAAAAAAACAACAAACGAUAAAUUCCAGCCAAGACCGAGACAUCGUAUGUAUAUUUUGCUAGCUUUCUUCAAUAAAUCUUUGCGUAUGUUGAAAUGUUA